AUGAGGACUAGCAUCUGGGUGCUCCAAUUUUGCUUUCUACACCUAAGCUCUUCUGGAAUCUUGGACUGGACGUAUCACGGGGAACACAACGAAGAUGAGUGGGGAACGUACUUCGAACACUGCCUGGGGAAACUGCAAUCCCCCAUCAAUAUUCAGAGGUCAAAAGUUAGAUUUAAUCCAGAUCUGGAACCGCUGCAGCUCCAGGGUUAUGGAUACCGCCGUGACGCAUUCAAGAUGACCAACAAUGGCCAUUCAGUUGUCAUACACCUUCCUUCGUCCAUGAAGAUUAUAAAAGGCCUCCCCGGGAAAUUCACAGCCAUCCAGCUUCACCUUCACUGGGGCGGUACGGAGAAAGAGAACAGCGGAUCCGAACACACGAUCGACGGGUUGCGAUAUAUGGCCGAGCUCCACAUUGUCCAUUACAAUUCAGAAGCUUACCCUAGUCUUGACGCAGCGAAGAAUAAACCCGACGGGCUGGCUGUUUUGGCUUUUCUUUUUGUGGGCAGCCAUUUUGAGAACGCUUACUACAGCGACUUCAUUGCCAAAUUGGCCAAAAUUAAGUACGCAGGGUACUCAACCACUCUCGAUAGUCUGGAUAUCAUAGCCAUGUUGCCAGAAAACCUCUCCAAUUUCUACCGCUAUCAUGGUUCGCUGACUACUCCGCCAUGUACAGAGAACGUGAUAUGGACUGUGUUUGACACACCUAUCAAGCUGUCUUACACCCAGAUUGAUCUGUUGGAAAACACCUUGUUGGACUGGAAGAACAAAACUUUGAGGAACGAUUACCGUCAAAUCCAGCCUCUCAACAAGAGGGUGGUCAAAGCAUCCUUCUCCCCUCGGUUGUUUGAAGGAAGGUGUCGGCCCGAGAGCAUCUCCAGUAAACUGAAUAAAAUACAGGCUAACCUUCGCGAGAUGAAGAAAUACCUUUUGGACGUCAUAGGCAAACCUGGUCACCACCAGCUGAGCUUGCAAGCCUUCCACUUCCCCUUGGAGAACACCGCCAGCUACGUGACGAUCGUCCCGCUGAAGCCCAUGCAACUCAAAACCUUCACCCUCUGCUUCUGGGUCCAGAACAGCAACCAGGGCCGGCAGACCGUCCUCUUUUACUCCACCCCUGAGAGCGAGAACGAGCUGGUCAUCAGCGUCGGCAUGGCGGUAGGGGUGUGGAUCGGAGGCAAGUUCGUGCAGUUCGACCUCCACCGCCGGGCGGAAGACUGGGUCCACCACUGCGUGACUUGGGUCUCCAGCUCGGGCACCAUCAACCUGUGGGUCAAUGGAGCUGUGGGUACUGCCCGAAACAUCCAGAAAAACUACAUCGUCCAGAGCGGUGGGACGCCCAUUUUGGGGAAGAGGAAGAACGCCAUGUUGGAUGUCUUCGCCGAUGCCUUCUCUGGCUGGAUGAGCCACGUCAACCUCUGGAGUUGGUUGCUGGACCAGAAUGACAUCCAGGAGCUCACCCUUUGCAAACACAGCCAGCAGAAAGGCGACGUCUUGGCGUGGGGAGAAACACACAUGUCCCUCUUUGGCGGCGUCAGCCUAGGCCCGGACACCAGCUGUAGGUGAAUCAGGGCCUUGGUUUCGAGGUC